AUGGAGGGGACACCUCCUAGCCAGGGCGUACCCGAGCCCGACGAAGGCAUCGCUUCCGACCGCCGUCCGUCCACCGACGAAAACGCCGACCUCUCCGACACCGCUUCCGAAGCCGGCUCGGGAGGCGGAAAGGAUUCCGGCUGCGAAGUCGCUCCCGACCCUCAGGAACCGCCCUACAACCCGCCCGAUGAGGAACUGGCCAACCGAAUCGCGUCUCAGGUGGAGUUCUACUUCUCGGACGCCAAUAUCACCAAGGACGCCUUCCUGCUGAAGCACGUGCGCAGGAACAAGGAAGGAUACGUCUCCUUAAAGUUAAUAUCAAGUUUCAAACGAGUCAAACACCUCACGAAAGAUUGGCGAGUCGUCGCAGAAGCUUUGAAGAAGUCUACAAAAUUGGAGAUCAAUGAGGCCGGGACCAAGUUACGCAGGAUCGAUCCGCUUCCCGCGUACGAUGAGACGACGCCCUCUAGGACGGUGGUGGCCGUCAAGAUGCCGAUAGACCGCCCUUCAGUGGAAAAUGUGUCAAGGUUAUUCGCGGGUUGUGGUGAAAUCGCAUUGGUCAGAGUUCUGCGUCCUGGAAAUCCGGUGCCCGCCGACGUCCGCCAGUUCUUGAACAAAAACCCCAGUCUGGUAAAUUGCGUGUGUGCUUUGGUUGAGUACACAGAAUCGGAAGCUGCGAGGAGUGCAUUGAAGCUUCAGAGCUCUGAAGAUGAUGGGAUGAAAGUGUACGAAUUGAACGGAGUUCCGAGGGAACCGAAGCGGAAGACACCGGUCCGCCGUGCCGCACCGCGGCGCCACGAUUGCGAAUAUUCAUCGUGCUGCAGUGGCUCAGAACCUGAGUUUGACUAUAGAUACGUUGCACCGUUCUAUAGGAGGAAUUCGAGCGGAUUUUUCACACCGCGUUCCCCUGAAAUUCAAACGUGGGUGCCUCGCCGGCAAUCCACCUGCAGCCACAGUUCUGAUUCUGGGGUGUCUUUCUUCUGCGGGUCAAGGCGCGCUUCACAGGCGAGCACAGGAAGCGCGAGCAGCACUGACGGCUGGCUGUCGAGGAGGCUCUCUGGCUGUUCAUUGACGGGAGGCACCGAUUGCGGUGGCAGAAGACUGUCUUGCACCCCCCGCUAUGAACCUCGGGCUCCCGUGGUCCCGGACGGCACCAGGGGCUUCCACGCCGCGACCCGCCAGCGCAGAAUCUCGGACCUCGCGUUGUACUCGCGCUAG